GCUUUGUUGUUGCUGGUUUCCUAUACUCAUUCUCAUAUGAUCCUGACGACGGAAACGCAGCAGUGGUGGACUUUUUAUGUCUUGUGAAAUAUUAUAUAUAUCUGUAUAUUGUCUUUGAAAAAGCAUCAUGGUAAAGUUAUAUUCUAUAUCCGUCAUCUUUAAAGCACCAUCAAAAGUUAACAUACUCAAAGCUGCAAACGAUGUGACAGAAUUUGGAUUCUUUCAAAGAUCAAGUGUUGCUGAGUUCUUGAAGUUUACAACUCAAAUAUGUGCUGAAAGAACCCAAAUUAAUCAAAGACAAUCAGUAAAAGAACAGAACUAUAUGUGCCAUGUAUAUAUAACGGAGGAACGCCUAGGUGCUGUAGUAAUAACUGAUCACGAUUACCCUCGCCGUGUUGUAUUCAAUCUCAUGUCGAAGUUGUGUGAAGAUUUUAAAUCGAAAGUACCGAUAAGAGAUUGUUCUGGGGCCCCUAGUGUUCCUAUACAAUAUGAAGAACUCCCAAAUUGGUUGGCUAAAUAUCAAGACCCAAAGCAAGCCGAUGCAAUGUUAAGAGUACAAAAUGAAUUGGAUGAGACGAAGAUUAUUUUACAUGAUACAAUGGAAUCGUUGUUACAGAGAGGAGAAAAGCUCGAUGAUUUAGUCACCAAAUCGGAUAACCUUAGCAUGCAAUCAAAAAUGUUUUAUAAACAAGCCAAGAAAACUAACUCAUGGUGUUGCGCAAUUCAAUAAUGGAUCUUUCUUGAGUUCUUCUUUUUUGUAUUAUUUUUGUCUGUCCCUGAUCACUCAAUAUUCAUCAAGCUAGUGACUGUUAGAAAUGUAUUGUUUGUUUUCACCGAAUACCAACAUGCUAUUUUUGUUUCUGGACUUUAGACGUAGUUCCACACCCGACAUGGAACGGUAACCGAAUCAGAGUCUGUCUUGUCAGCUUUUCUAUCCCCUGGAUAAAUUUGAAAAUCCUACUAUCUUUAUUUUCAAUGCAUAUUUAUUAAAUAAUAAUCCAAUCCACUCGACAUAAAAACAAAAAUAUUGAUUUCAAGUUAAUGUCAUUAUCAAAAAAUAUAAUUAUUUACUUUUAAGUUUUCAUUGGAUUUUUUUUCUGUUAUGUUGUGUCUCGUAUUUUGUGCAUUCUUGCUCUUAGUGAAAAAUAUCGAAACUGUUUAAUUAUCUUCCAAAUUUAUUGAUAAACUAUUUGGAAUGUGUGUUUUUUGACUCGAUCAAUGCAUUAUAGGUUCCUGUUAAAUGAGUAUUGUUGAUAAUUUAAUUACCAGUACAUUCAAAACAGAUAUUCAAGGUUCUAUAGCCUAUAGACACAAGUUUAACCAAUAUAUUUUGAAACAAGGUUGUAAUGACUAUCAGAUUAUGAAUAAAAUGUUGAUAUUAUUAUUAGAAUUGGAAGUAUAUAUGUUCUUUUAUUACCAUACUAUGGAAUUGUUCUUUUCAAUUAGGACUAGGAUGAAUUCUGUGUUAUGAGAAACCCUUAUCUCUUUAAAAAACUCUGAAAUAAAUUUGAGGGUUAAACUGGUCAUAAAACAUAAGAGCACUAUAUCAGUAUGUAAAUUUUUUACUUGCUUCACCGAAUUGAAAUAUUUCUGUGUUUAUUUCACACACGAGUCCAAUAUACGAGAAGCAUGUAAUGUAUGGUAUGGCCUUCAUCGCACAUUUUGGGUUGUGUCCCAUCUGUAUUCAGAAUUGUUAACUAUAGAAUUUCAAUUGUCUUCUACUGUUACUAAUCUUUUUUGUUAGAAGGAGUUAGGGAGCUUAGUUCUGAAUCAAUCCAUAUUGUAGUCUCUUUUGUCACUGUUGUGAUUAUUGUAUUUAGCAAUUUAUGUUUGUAAAUAAGGAAUUGUAGAACAGCUUUGAAAAGCAUUUAUGUUACUGUUCUUUUUUUGACUGUAGUUCUGAUAGUCACUUUGUAGUAAAGCAAAAGUUCAACUUCUCACUAUAUAAUUGGCAUGCAUGGUUUAAAAAGGGUCAUAAAACUACUGUAAUUUUAGGGUAUAACUAUUCACCCUCAAGUGAUAUCAUAUUCUCUUGAUAUUGUAACAUGCCCAAAAAUUGACUGAUAGGAAGACAAAUCUAUAUAUUGAUCUUAGUAGGUCAAUGUUUGUAACUAUUUUUAUCAGUGCUGUUUAUAUUUUCAGUUUAAGAUAGAGUUAAAGACUCCAUGUUUUAAUUGUAUAAAAAAAAUCGUUUUUGCUGUUGUCUUUUGCUCCAUUGAGAGUUCUUCUUGGUGAUGGUAAUUGCUAGUAAUAUUCACUGCAUUUCAUGUCAUUAUUCAAUGAUUUUUUUUGCUCUUACCUAUUUCAUCAAUUUCCAUUUUUUUGUGUGUACAUUAUUUACUGAAAUUGAGAGUUUGAAGUUUGCUUUAUAUAUUAGUAGUGUUUCACAGUCCUCCAAAAGCGUUAAUAUUAAAUAUAUCUCACUUUAUUAUAAUUUUGGAUUAUUUUGUAAUCUGUUGUCAGGAACGUUAUGAAUAAAUAACUCUAGGAUGGCUCAGUCUGACCCUGAAAAUUUUUUUGUAUUUGAAAUGGAUUUUUCUUGUGGAAAAACAACAUGCAUUAAAAUUGGUCAUAGUUUGUAAUUUCGCUUUUACAAAACAGUAAAUUUUAAAUAAAAAAAAUCAAUAACUUCUUGUACUCCUUUAAAUAACACAUUUGUGGAAUUGUAAUAAUUUCAUGUAAACGGAGACUGGAUUCUUCUAACAGUUCUUACAUUAUGACAUAACAACACAAUUUGGGCUAUUAUAAAAUACCCAUGAUUUAUAACUUGAUGUAUAGUUUACUAACCCGGUCCGUAUGAUCGGUAUAGUUUGACAAAAUACUGUCAUUUGAUUCAUCGAAGUUCAUUUUUCUAUCAAAUUAACUAUAUUAUAUACAUAAAUGUAUAUACUGUUUGUUGUGCUUGUAUAUGCUGGCAACUAAUGACAACUCUUGUUAUUUUAUCAUGUUAGA